AAAAGCCACAAUCAUAUAUAAAUAUCAAGACCCCAAAACACCCCCAACCAAAUUUUAUAUCCUCUCUCUCUCUCUCUCUCUCUCUGAAAGGAGGCCAAAGAAACAGGGGAGAGCAGCAUAUACAGCAGCCUUCUCUGUUUUUGAAAGAGCAAAGUGCAGUUGAAAGAGAAUGAGGCCCAUACCAUCAGCAGCAUUGUGUUUCUUCUUCUUCUUCUUCUUCUUCUUCUUGGUAGAAGAAGCUAAAUGUUCUUCUUGCAGGCAACAAAUGCUGUCAGCAUUCAAUCAUUCCAAGCUGUCCUUUUCACUGGCUCAAGCUUCAAAUGUCACAGUGAAUGGGAGGGUGUUUUACCCAAUCGGGUACGGGGCAGACCCGACUGGAGAAGAGGACAGCACAGAUGCCCUACUCAAAGCGGUGGAGGAGGCUUUUCAACUGAAAUCCGAGCUUGAAUUGCUGGCCGGAAUCACUGACCUGGGAGGUGUUGUUAUUGAUCUUCAAGGUGGAAAUUACACUAUUAGCCAACCUCUAAGGUUCCCAUCAGGUGCUGGCAAUGUUGUGGUCAGUCUCUCUCUCCUCUCUCUCUCUCAUUGUCUGCGUCAUGGUGUUGUUGGACAACAGUACAAGUCCAAGAAUCAACUCUGUCUCGAUUGA